GCGGCAGGCAGCGGCCGGCGCGCGGCGCGGGGCCCCGGCGCCCCGGUCCCUUUAAAUCCGGCCGGCCGGUUGCUAGGCAACGGCGCGGCCCGCGCUGGCGCUGCACUGCAGAGGCUCUAUACCGCGCCGGCCGGGCCGGGUCGCGGUGGCCAGUGCCGAGCCCAGGGCUGCCGCCCGCCGGUGGUGGCUGGCUUCGGGGAAGAGGGGCCAGGGCCCGCCGGACCGCACCCACGUCUCCAGUGCAAACUGGAGCAGGAGAACAGCGGCAUCUGAUAGAAGACCUUGGACGUCGGAGAGUGAAUUGGACGACGUACCUGGAGAAAUGGACGCUAGAAGAAAACACUGGAAGGAGAAUAUGUUUGCUCCUUUUUUUAGUGCACAGGAUAUUCUAGAUGAGGCUUCUCAGCCUGAAUCAUCUUCUGAACAAAUGACUUUAGAUAAGGCCAAUAGAAUAGAAGGAAUUUUUAAUUUGUCUAGUAGAAAGUUUCAAGAAGAAAAUAAAUUUAAGAGGAAAGAAUGUAUUUCUCAACUAAACGAAAAAGAACAAGAACCAAAUUUGAGAGAAAGAAAGAUAAACCUUUCAAAGAAUGAAGCAGACACCAAUUCUGUCUCCUGUGACUCAUCUAAUUUGGAUGUGGUCACCGAAGAAAGCUUUAAUAGCACAGAAGACCGUUCUACCUGGAGUACAAAGGAAUUACCAAUCCUACCACGACCAGACAUAAAGAAGAAAUUUACCGAAGGAAUGUCUCCCAAACUUCGCCUGAAUCUUUUGAAUGAAGAACUGGAAGAACUUAACAUGAAAUGCAGGAAAAUAGAAGAGGAAUUUGAAAAUGCCGAAAAAGAACUUUUGAACUCCAAGAAAGAAGUCCCCGCAAAACCCCUCAAGUUCCAGGAAACAGGGGGAGAAACUUCAAAGAAAGACUGGGAGCUUCAAGCUUUAAGAAAUGACCUCUCCGAAAAAGCGACAAACGUCCAGAACCUAACCGAAGAGCUCCAGCAAGCCAAAGAACUCAUCCACAGGCUGAGCCUAGAGAACCGAGAUUUGAAAGAGGCCGUUAGGAAACUCAAGCGACAGACCGAGAUCGGAAACGCACUCCUGAAGGAAGAGAUGAAGCUGUACUAUGAGCUAGAGAUGGAAAAGAUCCGCGGGGAGCUGGACACCAUCAAGAAUGAGCUGAGAGCUGAGAAGACCCUGCAGGCCAGAAACAACAGGGCCCUAGAGUUGCUUAGGAAACACUUCGCUUCUGUGACGUCAUCAAGUACCCUGGACAGCUUGACGGAGGAUUUUUUUUAAAACUCAAAAAAAUAAAAAAAAAAAGCCUUUCAUGAGGCAAAUCAUGGAGCCAAAUCAGUGUUUCUUGUGCUUUCUUUGUGUGCUACUUAAAAUGUGGGCGGCGGGAGGUAGUUGUUCAUUUGGGCGGAAUCGGGCUAUCCGUGAAAGUGUGUAAGCCUUACUUUCAUAGCUUCUGUUUUUCUCUUUCUCAUGACGGUAUUACAAGAGUCCAAAUGGAAAUGAAGCUUCAGAAAUCUCUUUUUUAUAUAUAUCUACUUCACUCAAAGACAUGUAGUGACUCACCAAAUCAUUUACGAAUACAAAUCAACAGCCAUUUUGUGAUCUUGUGAGCAAUAUGUCCUUGGCACGUGAAUAUUCCUCCAUCUGUGUUGGUUGAUGUUAACAAUAAAAAUCUUGUUUGUGUGUAUAAGCAUA